UGGCAACAUUGGUAAAACGCCAAAAGACAGCCGCCAUCAUUAUUUUGUUUGGUUAGAUUUUUAGGUUACCUAUUUAACCGACGCCGCUUCUGUUUUUCAAUAUAACAAGUUAAUAAAACAACAAAAAUGAAACUCGUUAGGUUUUUAAUGAAACUGAGCCACGAGACGGUCACAAUCGAACUGAAGAAUGGAAGUGUUGUUCACGGAACGAUAACCGGAGUCGAUGUAGCAAUGAACACACACUUGAAAGCUGUUAAAGUUACGUUAAAAAACAAGGAAGAACUUCAGCUAGAGACAUUGAGUAUUCGUGGGAACAAUAUUAGGUAUUACUUGCUGCCUGACAGUUUGCCUUUGGAGACCUUACUUAUCGAUGAUACGCCCAAAGGACGAGGAAAGAGGGAGGGAUUCCCUAGAGGUGGUGGUAGCGCGCGAGGAGGGCGAGGAAGAGGCCGUGGUGGUCGCGGAGGACCAAGAGGAGGUCGCGGCGGUCGUGGUCGUGGAAGGCGUUAAGUGUUCCCUAGUUUUAAGUUCUAAAUUUGUGAUUACAUUUGCUAUUUAAGGUCUGAAAGUGUUUUAUUUCUUUAUCAACAUCUCUGGUUAUGUGAAGUCAAUAUUUUUACUUCUUAAAAGGCAAAGGACGUGUUCUAAACAGCCAGGGUUUUAGUAUAAAAACUUCUUUCUAGUGUUUUCUAUAGGUAAUAUACAAUGAAUUUUUGUUCCCGAACAUUGUGAUGAACUUCAAACGUUUGCCAACCAUACAUGAUAGCUUCAAGUAAUCUAAACCGUAAAUUAUUAUCUAAAUACAUUCCCAUUCAUAGCUUGAUGAAGCUUUUAAGAAAUUGUGCUUAUGGAAGUAAUAUACAAUAUACUUGUGAGGUUUGGAAAACUAGUCAAACUAUGUUAUUCAAGACCAAAACUUAAUUAUUAUUCUCAUAAGGAGUAUUUGAAUAACAACCCUGACAUUCAUGUAAUCUGUUAUUGUAAAAGAUAAUUUCAUUCUGAAAAUUGUGAUAAAAACUUUAAUAAUCAACAUUAAAUCCUAAA